AUGGCCCACUAUGACCCUGCAGCUCCCACCCAGUUACGUGUCGAUGCUAGCCCUGUUGGUCUGGGGGCUAUUUUGACUCAAACCCAGCAGGGUGCGGUGAGACCCGUCGCAUAUGCCAGUCGAACGCUUACCCCAGUGGAACGCCGCUACUCCCAAACAGAGCGUGAGGCCCUAGCAGUUGUUUGGGGCUGCGAAAAGUUUCACCUUUACUUAUAUGGCACCACCUUUGACUUGCUUACCGAUCACAAACCCCUCGAGGUGAUUUAUAGUCCCACCUCAAAGCCCCCAGCAAGAAUUGAACGCUGGGGACUACGCCUCCAGCCUUACACAUUUCGCCUGCAAUAUUCUCCGGGUGCCACCAACCCUGCCGAUAUGUUAUCUCGCCUGCCCUUGCCAAACACAGUGCACCGAGAACGGAACAUUGCGGAGGAGUAUGUCCACUACAUAGCCCGCAACGCCAUCCCCAAAGCAAUGACCCUUACUCAGCUAGAGCAGGCUACGGCGCGAGACCCCGUCCUCCAGCGAGUCCACCAGUCAGUCGUCUCGGGUAACUGGCCGAAAACUAAAGAAACAGAUCCCUAUUUUUGCGUUAAAAAUGAACUGACAGCGACAGAGUCCUUACUUCUUCGUGGCUCGCGUAUCGUGGUCCAGCCAGUCUACAACCUACCACCCUACAACUGGCACACGAAGGCCACCAAGGGAUUGUUCGAACAAAACAGCUCUUGCGAGAGAAAGUCUGGUGGCCUGGGAUCGACAAAGACGUUGAACACUUGA